AUGGCGGAGCGGGACGAUGACAUCAUAUUGGUCUCAGAGCGGCGGCUGGUAAUUGGCCUGCUCUCCUCCUCCAACGGCACGGGCCAAACAGAACACACAAGUGGAGCCAGGCAAUGCAAGUCAGAUGCACUGGGUUUUUCCAGAGUGGCUGGUGGGGCCUCAGUGCAGACUGAGAGCCAAGAGGCCUCUGAGAGGGUCUGCCCAUCUCCGGGCCCCUGUGCUCUGAGACAAGGCUCUUAUUGUGAAGGUCUCGCCGGAUGUGUCGCUCCGGUGAGGGGCCGGUCGGACCUUCGAGCUGCCGCAGAGGAAGAAGUGAACCGGGAGGCAGCAGGAGUGGAGCGAACCCGGCCAUCUCCUCUUCAUGCUUCGUCCUGGGCACUUCUCCUCCUCCUCCUCCUGCUCCUGCUGCCCGCUGUCGACCACCAUCCGACACUAGUUCGCUCGGUUUCACGUUUUAGCCACAGAAACAAACGAGACAGAGGGAGAGAGCAGAAGCGGAGGAGGGGGAAGAAGGGGGCCCGAGUCAUGGAGCUGUAUUGCCUGGAGUCGGACAUAACCGUGAGAGCCCAGCCUGACCCAAACAUCCUGUACGAUGACCGAGUGUUGCAGAGUUUAUUAACCAUUGAGGACAAGUUUUUACCCCCGUGCUCGUACUUCCAGCGGGUCCAGAAGGAUAUUCAACCCUAUAUGAGACGAAUGGUUGCAGGCUGGAUGCACGAGGUGUGUGAAGAGGAGAAGAGCAACGAAGACGUCUUCCCUUUAGCCAUUAAUUAUUUGGACAGAUUUUUAGCAGUGAUGUCUACUAGAAAGAACUACUUGCAGCUCCUGGGAGCCGUGUGCAUUUUCCUGGCCUCCAAGUUAAAAGACAGCCGGUCGCUAUCAGCAGAAAAACUCUGCAUGUACACAGACAACUCCAUCACACCACGGGAGCUGCUGGACUGGGAACUUGUUGUGCUGGGGAAGUUGAAGUGGAACAUGGCCUCAGUCAUUCCCAAUGAUUUUAUAGAACACAUCAUACGCAGGCUGCCCCUUCCCAAAGACAAGCUGGCGAUGGUGCGCAAACACACGCUGACAUUCAUCGCCCUCUGUGCUACAGAUGACCGCCUCGCCAUGAACCCCCCUUCCAUGAUUGCCACAGGCAGCAUGGGAGCUGCUGUAUGUGGCCUCCAGUUGGACCGCUCUGACCAGAGGCUGACUCGAGACAACCUGACAGACCUGCUGGCCAAGAUCACCAACACAGAGGUGGUGAGUACCACAGUGACGGAGAUUUAUACAUGGCAGUCAUCUCUCUCACACAGCAAUUCAUUGUAA